CUCACACACACACUGCACUAAAGGAGAGAUGCUCACCUCCUGCUGUUUAUGUUUUAACUGACAUUCCAACAGAAGGCAGCUGCAGUAGAUAAAUGAAUUAACAAUGUCAUCAUCCAAAAAAACACUAUUGCUGCUGGUUUAUGUAUUAUGCACGUUCCGCUCCGCGCGUUCGGGGGACUCUGGAGACGCCAGACCCUGCUCCGGAUCACACUGUCCGGGAGGCAGAUCGCCCAGACCGCCGCGACAACACAGUCCGACAACACAGAGCAGAUCAAUAAAUCAACAUCAUGCUCCCUUCAGCUUUUCAUCUGAACAUCACGCCACGUUUCUGUCCCAGCGCGGGCGGUCUGGAGACCAGACCAGGGAAACCGUCCAGACGCGCGUCGCUGGAGUGUUUGAUCCUGUGUGCGCAGAUUGCGUUACGCCUCAAGGACCAGAUCAUGUUGCGAACGACACCGGGGAAUGUAAAGGAAUUGAGUGCCGUCUGCCUCUGAGGAUACGACAGAAGCCCCGAUCGAGACCCUGUGCUGGAGACGGGUGUGUACCCGAGCCCAGCCAACCAACCCUCAUCCAUGUGGCAGACAGAGCCGCUCAGUUUCUGGGGGAAUUUCCGGACAUUGGAUAUCCCGCAUCAGAGGUCGGGGCUCCUCUGGGAGUUCAACUCACGUGUGACAUCAAACCAGGAGAGAAUGAGGUCCCUGCCGAGGACGCACUUAUCCUACACCUACAGCUGGCAAAGGGACAAGAGAAGCUGGUGGAAGCUUUGAGAGCUCAGCAAGUGGUGAUUCGUGAUCUGCAGCAGAGGCUGGUGGAACAGCAGGGAGCCCUCCUCUCCCAGCAGCGUGAGAUACUCAGCCAGCAGCGCCGCAUGUUCGAGCAGAUGGAUGUGGUGAAGGCUCAGUACGGUCUGCUUUCUGAGACGGUCAAGCAAGUCUCUUUCCAAGGUCUGCAAGGAGAACUGCAAAGCCAUUUCGAAAGUCACCUGGCCGAUCUUCAGAACCAAGCACGUAGCCACCUGCAAAAGUCCUAUGCUGUGCAUAAGGUAGAUGUGAACGCCAAAGUGAUGAAUGUAGCUGGGGACGCAGGACGUCCAUUGUUGGGCUGUCGAAUUGCUUGUGGACUUGAGGAAUACUGUGACUUACAAAAGGAUCCACCGCAGUGUGAAAGGUGCACUAUGUGUCCCCCUGGAUUCUUCCUGGUGUCACAAUGCUCCCCCACUGCUGAUAGGAUGUGCCAGGACAGGGAUGAAUGCCUUGAAUUACCGAGCUUGUGUGGGGAGCGAGUAAAAUGUCUUAAUACCCCAGGAGGGUUUCGUUGUCUUGGUGUCUCCGAGAGGGAGAUUUCCACAGGGCUGUGUGGUCAUGAGUACUUCUACAAUAAGGAACUUCAGGAGUGCCAGGCUUGUUCAGACUGUGAUGGUGAGCCUGUUGGCAUUCCCUGCACUUCCACCAGUGAUGCUGUAUGUGGAACUGUGUCUGAGAACAUGCUCUCACAGUCUUGGGCUGCUUCGAUUGUCAUACCACCAACAAAAUCGAAGAGUACUUCCAUCUUUCCAGGGCUACAGCUUAAUAUUCGUGGCAAAGAGGGAAACAACCUAUUGACCAACCAUGAUGAUUACCUCAAUCUCCAACAACAUGGACUGGUCUGGAUAGACUACAACUUUGCACUAAAGCACAGCUGCAGGAACUUUCUCCAGGUCGGGAUACGGAUAAACGGCAGUGAAGAGGAGGGUCGAGACCUUAGCGGGGUUCGAAUUGAGCAACCAGAGAGAAAGUUCUUCCAGGGUGUGACUGUAAGUACAGCAGUUGAAGUGGAACCCAGUCAUAUACUGACACUCGUGCUGAAGAGUCCCAACCAAUACUGCAACCAGAGUAAAGAUAUUCAAGUCUAUGAGCUUGGAGGGGCUUCGUUCAGCUUGCUGUGGUUAUCCCAUGACACCGGUGCCGUGGCCAUGACUGCUCAGAUGUCAACAGCAGCCCACUAUCAGAGUAACCAUCGCCCAACCUUCCGUAUAGCCGCUGUUUCUGAUCCCUACAUAGUGGCACUGACCCACGACAGCCGCGGGGUGCGUUUCAUGGAGAGUGGCGUGGUGAAGUUUGUGCUCCAGCAGGCCAUCUAUUCCAUGGGCCAUGCUUGUGUUCGAGAAGGUUUCUCACUGAUUGCCUACGUCAACCGAAAUGGCACUAACCAGGAGGUGCUACGCUCCUUUAAGUCUGGUGUUAACUACAGGGACACUUCCAUCACCCUUUCCGGAGCCACAAGGGUAGACAGAGAAGACUGGCUUAAUUUUGAGAUUGUUGCCCCAUCUCAGUGCAAUGUCCGCUACUUUGGCGAUAAUUCUGGGAUUAGUAUGAUAAGCUUGAUCUGGAUCCCCACCACUGUCUCCUCUACAUUCACAGCCACUGUCUCAAGAACAGGUCUUCCCUCUGGGGCAGUACGAAAUAAACCCCUGCUUUUCAGGCAGAUGAGCCCGAAUACAGACCAAAUGCGGCUAGCUGGUUCAGGUGAGGCACAUGCCCAGAGGAACUUUGUAUUUUCUGAAGCCGGCACGGUCAGUGUGGCCCUCAACCUAAAGCUGAUCCACUCCUGCAAUGUGGUGAAGCUGACCCUUUACCGGCAAGGUAAGGAUGGAGGUCAGGCCACGUCGUUGGCCCAGCAGGUGGGUGGACAUAUGCCUGAAGGUAGUGAGUGGGCCAGCGUGGGGCUGAGAACUUCAUUCGAAGUACAGAAUGGUACUGCCAUCUAUGUUUCUUUGGACUGCGUUCGUGGGCGAAUCAACCAGAUCACCCAUGAGGGAGGCACCAACAUCUCCAUUCUUUGGUUGGCAUCAUGAUCCCAAAUAUGCAGAUCAAUGGUUUUGUAAUU